AGCCGUAAAUUCCCCUCUCUACAGGAGGCGUGUCUUCCGUACAACUAACAGUUCCACGGCUCUCUCUCUCUCUGACCUCUCUUUCUGUAACCUCUCUUUCUCUCUCUAGAUCUCGUGUUUGUUAUUGCAUGGCAGUGAGUUUUCUGGGUCAUGAGCUAUCGGACUUGUGCCUUGGAAAGCCGGCGUUGAGGUCGCUUCCCGUUUCCGCCACCGUCGCCGACGCAGUAUCGGCUCUGAAGAGGUCAGGCAAGAGCUAUGUGAGCGUUUGGACCUGUGAACAUUCUUCGAAAAAGAAGACUACAGGUUUCGCCGGCGACGACGACGACGAUUGUCGAUGCAUCGGAAAGGUUUGCAUGGUGGACGUGCUGUGUUUUCUUUGUAGAGAGGAGAAUCUGAAGAGUCCUUCGAAGGCUCUUGAAUCUCCGGUUUCGGAUGUUUUGCCCAAAGUUCCUGGACUUGUGAAGCAUUUGGAACCCAAUUCUAGCUUAUUGGAGGCAAUAGAUUGCAUCCUUGAAGGAGCCCAAAACUUGGUUUUACCAAUUCAAAGCCAUACCAACACAAAGUCAAGGAAAAAGGUCCUCAACAAACCAAACUCAUUCAGGUCUACACAUCACAACGGCCGCGAAUUUUGUUGGCUAACACAGGAAGAUGUGAUUCGUUUCCUCCUCAACUCGAUCGGGGUCUUCUCCCCAAUCCCUACGUUCACAAUUGAAUCACUCAACAUCAUUGAUAUGGACACCAUGGCUGUGCACUAUCAUGAGCCUGCCUCCACUGCAUUGGCCUCCAUUUCUCGGGCUCUUACAGAGCAAACCUCAGUUGCAGUCAUUGACGAAGAUAACAGAUUGAUAGGUGAAAUCUCUCCGAUCACUCUUGCCUGUUGUGAUGAGUCCGUGGCAGCAGCCAUCACAACUCUCUCGGCAGGUGAUUUAAUGGCGUACAUUGAUUGUGGUGGUCCGCCAGAGGACUUGGUUCAGUUGGUUAAGAUGAUGUUGGAAGAGAAGAAUUUAGGCGCAAUGUUAGAACUAAUGGAGGAAUUUUCUGUGUCUUCAUUGUCGUCUUCUUCCUCUAGUGGUUCAUCAGAUGAAGAGUGUGGGUGGUCAAGCAAGCAUGGUGGGUCUGGCAGGUAUUCUCUGGCAAGGACAUCGGAGGCGAUUGUGUGCUAUCCACGGAGUUCUUUGGUGGCUGUGAUGAUUCAAGCCCUUACGCAUCGUCGGAAUUACAUUUGGGUUGUUGAAGAUGACUAUAGUUUGGUCGGAAUUGUGACAUUUGCAGGGAUGUUGAAAGUUUUCCGGAGUAUUACUGGUCCGAGGCGUAAACCCGAAUGAGAGAAUUGAUUCAGAAAAAAUAGGAGAGAAUGCAUAACUAAUGCCAAAUUUGAGCUAUAGUCAACUUCCUCUUGAAUGUAAUUCAUAAAAACAGAACAAUGAACAUGGAGUUCAUUAAGGUACUGCUUAAUUGAUAUAUUAUGAAUGGUGUUUAUUCUUUCAAAGUUUGGCAAAUUAUGGGAAGUUUUGAUCUGAAUUAGACAUCAAAUGUGCUUG